AUGGCAAACUCGAAAUAUGAGUACGUCAAAACGUUUGAACAGUCGACUACGUUGCUUCCAGACACCUACAUGACUGUACGGAUUGAUGGGCGUGGAUUUCAUAAACUUUCAGCAAAGUACAAAUUCGAGAAACCCAAUGAUCGCCAUGCAUUGGAGUUGAUGAACGCCGCAGCCACGGCGAUGAUGAAAGAGUUGCCAGACAUUGAUUGCGCCUAUGGCGAAAGCGAUGAGUUUAGCUUCAUAUUCGACCGAUCAAGCCGACUGUUCGAAAGGCGAGAGAGCAAAAUUCUCACUACGGUGGUGUCCACUUUUACAUCGUAUUAUAUUCAUCUUUGGUCCGAUUUCUUCGCAGACAAGCCGUUGUCGCCUCCCAUGCCAACAUUUGAUGGGAGAGUGGUGCUUUACCCGUCCUCCUCGACUUUGCGGGACUACAUGAGUUGGAGGCAAGUGGAUUGUCAUAUAAACAAUCUUUACAAUACUACGUUCUGGGCUUUGGUGCAAAACGGCGGCAUGGAUGCCACUCAAGCAGAGGAGAGGCUGAAAGGCACAAUGGCAUCAGAGAAGAACGAGAUCUUGUUUUGCGAAUUCAAGAUGAACUACAAUAACGAAGCAGACAUGUUUAAGAAAGGCAGCAUCAUCUACCGUGAUUGUGAUACUUCCAGCUCUGACAGCCAGGAGGCCCAUGCGCCUGCUGUGUUCAACAGCGAGCAAUCCGAGAUGUCCAAGACUGCAAAGAAAAAGGAGCGAAGACGACGUGCGCAAGCCAGUAUUACAAUAGAGCACACAGAUAUCAUCAGAAAUGAGUUUUGGGACCAGAGACCUUGGCUACUUUCAGGGCCAUCUCAAUAG